GAGACAGAGCGGACGACUGUGUGUGCUAGUGAAAAACACAAGUUGGGUUCAUUUUUUUUCGUUGGUUUUUCGGCGCCGUUUUGCAUAAUUGCUGUGUUUCAAUCAAGAGUUGAGUACUAAACUCUCGGCAAAAAUUUGGCUUAUUUCAAUCCACACUCAAAGUGGUGCGCAAUAUUUUGAAGUUUUCCUUUUGCCCGUAGUUGUUUUUUCUUUUGUCUUUUCGUGAUAACGCAACAAACGUUUAUUGGCCAAUUGAAUAGUGAGAGUGCGCUCGUCGGGAUAGAGAGAUCCCGUAUCGUGGAACGAUCUCCACUAAAAAAACAAACAAACAAUGGAAGUGGAACAGCUGGAACGUUCGACAGUCUCUUCUGGCGCGGGCCGUGUAUUUUAUCGGCCGGCGUCGCGUAAUCGAAUCAACAGUAUGGAAGGUGUGGUGAUAAGUGGUGGCGCAGAGAGUCAGCAACAACAGCAGAGAAUCCGGUUGGCAUCUUCCGUCCUAUCGGUGGCCACCAUCAUCAAGACGGAACCGCGCAACUCCGAUUCACCCACGACCACACCUCUCCAACAACAACAACAACAACACAACUCUUCUUCUUCUUGUUCUUCUCCUUCUCCGUCCUCUGCUAGUUCGAUCCGUCGAUCACGUUCCCGCAUCAGUACAGGGGGAGGCAGCCCAUUGGGUAGUUCGCCGUCACCGACAUCGCCAUCUGCCGCAAUGCACCCGAUCUCUAUGUCGUUGCUACAUUCAUCGUCUCCGUCAUCUUCGCAUCAUCACCAUCCGCACCAUCCGCAUCAAUCGUUUUACGGAGGAGGAUCGACGACGCCUACGUUGGUAGGGGCGUCGGCCAGCGGAUCGGUCCACUCUCCGAGCCCAUUGAAGCGAUCCAGGCACAUCAACAACAACAACAACAGCAACAGCGCUAUGGAAGAAUGGUUACCUUCGCCCGGCCAAAUGUCUGUCGAUUCCAUGUCGCCACCGCCUCCGCCCAGCAGCUCGUCCAUGUCGAUGAGGGCAGACGGCCUUCUAGAGCCGGGACAGCAGCAACAAUUGCAACAGCAACGCGCGUCCAGCAAUGGCCAUUCGACCUUACCGCCGUCGGUCAUCUCAUCGUCGAACGGCUAUUCACCGUCGCCCAUGUCGACGGGCAGCUACGAGCCGCCGUUCAGCCCUGGCGGUGGAGGAGGCAAAUUAGGUCGUGAGGAUUUGUCUCCACCGGGCAGCGUCAAUGGCGGCGGCUACUCUGUCGACAGUUUUGCCGAUGCCAAGAAGAAGAAAGGUCCCGUACCCAGACAGCAAGAGGAAUUGUGUUUGGUAUGCGGCGACAGAGCUUCUGGUUAUCACUACAACGCCCUCACCUGCGAAGGAUGCAAAGGAUUCUUCCGGCGGAGUAUAACGAAGAAUGCCGUCUACCAGUGCAAAUACGGAAACGGCUGCGACAUUGACAUGUACAUGCGGCGAAAGUGCCAAGAGUGCCGGCUAAAGAAGUGCCUCACGGUCGGCAUGCGGCCCGAAUGUGUCGUUCCAGAGUACCAGUGCGCUGUCAAGCGAGAAGCCAAGAAAGCGCAAAAGGAAAAGGACCGGCCCAAUUCCAGCUCUUUGGGAUCUCCCGAAAUGAAAGAGCCCGAAGUCAAGGCUGUCCACCACCAGCAGCAGCAACAACAGCAGCAGCAGCAAAUGCAGCAACAGCAGCAACAAUUACAGCAGCACAUACACGUGGUGGACGAGAAACCCAUGGUCGUGUGCGGCGCUCCCAGCGGAGGCAGCAACGGAUUGGCCGUCAAACCCCUCAGUCCCGAACAGGAGGAGCUCAUUAACCGGCUCGUCUACUUCCAAGAAGAAUUCGAUCAACCGUCCGAAGAGGAUCUGAGAAAGAUUUCGACGUCCGGAAUGCACGAGUCGGACAGCGAAGCCAAGUUCAAGCACAUUACGGAGAUGACGAUCCUGACGGUGCAGCUGACGGUGGAAUUCUCCAAGCGGCUGCCCGGCUUCGACACGUUACUGCGAGAGGACCAGAUCACUUUGCUCAAAGCCUGUUCCAGUGAAGUGAUGAUGCUAAGGUGCGCCCGCCGCUACGACGCCAACACGGACUCUAUCGUCUUCGCCAACAACCUGCCCUACACGAGAGACUCGUACAACAUGGCCGGCGUCGGAGACACGGCCGAGCCGCUCUUUCGUUUCGGCAAGCAAAUGUCCGUCAUGAAAGUCGACAAUGCCGAAUACGCGCUACUCACCGCCAUCGUCAUCUUCUCUGAACGGCCGGGAUUGGUGGAGGCGCGCAAGGUCGAGAAGAUCCAGGAGAUUUACCUGGAGGCGCUUCAAGCUUACGUGAUGAACCACAGGGCGCGGCCGAUGACCGAGUUCGCCAAGCUCCUAUCGGUGCUGACCGAGUUACGAACGCUCGGCAACCUCAACUCGGAGAUGUGCUUCUCGCUCAAGCUCAAAAACAAGAAACUGCCGCCCUUCCUCGCCGAAAUCUGGGACGUUCACUCUUGAACGCCAUCUCUGCCCCUCUUUCAGGAAAAAAGCGGCACGCCUCUUACCAUCUAAAAAUUUCCGCACGCGAUUCUACCUACACCUACCCCGUAAAAACAAAGUACUCCCGCGUCAAAAUUAAAACAAUCGGUUUUGGCCCGCAGAUCUCUUUGAAAAAAAAAAACCAAACAAAAAUGUUCGUUUGUUAUUCGAUUAGAAGAUCGUUGGGAAGGACUUUAAUUUGGUCAGGUUUGAUCGAGUUGGGAAAGAAGACGAGGACGAAGGUAGGAAGAGAUAAGAAAAAUAGUACCUGAGAGAGACAAGUUUCGCGCUUCUCUCUUUGGGCGCGAUUCAUUCAAAAGUUUAUAAGGCUCCGUGUUGAAUGUGUUGUUACAUGAAUUGUGAUGAAGAUCUUAAAUGCGAAACAAGGAGAAUAAGGUCAGAUAGAUAUCCACAUUUUUAUAGCGUUUUGGGUGGGGAAUUUGUAAAAAGAAACAGAGUUUUUCUUUUCAAUUUUGUUUUGUUGUUAUUAACGAAAAAAAAAAAGAAAAACAAGUUUUUUUUAAAUACGUUUUCUUUCUUUUGGCAAAUUGGGUUGUGAGAUAUAGGCCAAUAAUUGUGUCGCCAGACAGGAAUUGUUUGCCGUAACUGAGAGAAAAACAGACAAUAAGGAACGGACAAUUCAAAAAUCACGGGGUUGUGACUCUCUUGUUAUGUUAAAACAACAUUUCAUUUUCUGUUUGUUUUUUUGAAUAGCAAAAAAAAAAUUGAACGACAUCGUAUCCCCGAAAAAUUUAAAAAGAAAAAAUACUAUUUAUCUCUUUGUGUACAGUAAAAGGGAAGUGAGCUGGUAAUUUAUAUUAAUUGAUGCGAAACGGAGUAAGAAACACACACCCCGAAGAACGAACGUAAAAAAAAAAUCCAUCGGAUUUUUGGUCAAAUACUUUUUUUUUUAAAUUCAUUUUCUUUUUUUUUUCUGGCCGGAGAAAAUGUAGUUCGUGAAACAAUUUAUUUCGAUCGCCAUUGUUUCCAAUUUUUCUCUGCCUGUUGCAACUUUUGGAAAGUCAACACUAAAAGAGACGUUCGUAAAAUCGAUGGAUACGAAUGUGGACCAGUUUUAUAUAUUUUUAUAAAAGCAAAAAAACAAAAAAAAAAAUUGAAGGAAAGACGGAAAAGUUGCAAAAAAUUGUUCAUCGUAAUUCACCAAUUCGACAUCUUGCCGUCUUGUUAUAUGUCGUCUGCUAUCCAUGUUGUUGUAACAUAAUCUUCAUAACGGCUAUUUGUUUUUUUUCCCGCACAAUCUUACACGUCCCCUUAUCUCUCAAUUUUCGUUUUCAUUUUUUUAAAAAAUAAUUUGCAACAAAUCUGUGAACGCCAUUUUUCUUUUCCGCAUACAUAAAGAACAGGGAGGGGGAAAUUAGAUUUUUGUUGUUGUUGUUGUUGUUCGGUUAUACUUAUUCCGCCUUUUCUUUUUAAUUACGACACGACUUUAUGUCGUUUCUGUUUCCCCUUCCUGUAUCCCUCCUUUGCCUCUCUUGUUUUGAAAAAAAAGGAAAUGUGGCAAUAUUAUAUAACCCCCACCCCCCAUCUGAUUUUGUUUCGUGUCUCUCAAAUCGUUUUCCAUCAGGAUUUUUCGUGCACAAAAAGGAAAUGGGAUUUCUUUUUCCCGAUUCUUCUCUUUCGAAUUAUCGUUCGAAAAUUUUUCUUAUCGUUCUCUCAUCAGGCUCAUUUCUGUUGUAAGAAAAACAAAAAUACCCCCAAAGAGCCUUGAAAUUCAUUUUUUGUUUAUUACUUUAUUCGAUUACUUUUCCAUCGAAAAUUUUUGUUUCACCGAAAAAAAAGAGAAAACCAACAUAAAAAUGGUUUUGCCUUGCUGUGUGUGUGUGUGUGUGUUUGUAUGUGAGGUGCUUUCAAUUCUCCUAUUUUAUAUACGCACACGACCGUUUAUGAUAUACAUAUAUACAUAUAAAUAUAUUCAUCCGGAAGUGCUCUAUUACUAUUUGUACGAGUGUAUCGUUUUUUUUUUUUCGUUUCUUGUGUCCAGUGUGAUUGUGUUCUCUUUACGGUGCUGAUGUGUUCUCCUUCAUUUCUUUAUAUACGACACGAGAAAAACAACAAACAUUUUUCACUUUGGUUCUUUUUGAUGUGUACAACUUUUUUAUUUUAUUAUUUAAAAACUGAAAAAAGCACAUAAAAAAGAAAAGCAAAAACAAAUUUGACAGAAUGGGUUUGCGUGUAAGAAGAUUGCCCAUACAUAAUCGUGUGUGUGUGUGUGUGUGUCAAUCGCGAUGUAAAACAACUAAAAAAACAACGGUGUUCUUCUUUUGUCUCGACAUAACAUAUUAUACAUUAAACAUGAAUGAAAACACGAAUAA